AUGUCGAUUAGUGUUGAUAACCAAUAUGAAAAAUUAUUUUUACGUAUAUUUUUAACAAUUUAUUAUUUAUUAGUAUUAAUAAUUAUUAUACUUAAUCUUACACUUGGCUUUUUUCAAUUAUCAAAAGAAUAUUCGGCUGUUAUUUAUGUACUGAGUAUUAUCUGGUUUAUUGGAAUUUGUCUAGCUAUAUUUGCAACAUGGGCAAAUAAAAUUAGUUUAUUAAUUUUAGUCGGUAUUUUUCUAAUUUUAUCGUUAAUUUUAAUAAUUAUUCGUCUUAUAUUCAUUUUGGCUAUUUAUUCUUAUACAAAAACUGAAAUUAAAACAUUUUCAAGUCCAUUUGUUGAUCAAAUUCUUAUCUUACUUAUAAGUAUUUCAUUAACUACAUCUGUACUAUUGGCAACAUGUCGAUUAAUUGCAUUACAUAAAACAAUACAAUCGAAAAAACGUGUAUCAACACAAACGGAAGAAGAAUAUUGGGCUAAAAUGACAUAUUUUUAA